CAAACAAGAGACUUGUUCUAACUUGAAUAAUAGUGAGCCAACUUUCCAAGACUGUCAGAAGCAGGAAAUCGGGGAUUCCUACCUUAAUUUCACAAACCUCACUUCCCAAUUAACCACUGGAAAACCCAAAGAGAAAGCAGUGCUAGUGACAUUAUACCUGCAGAAUAUGGAGAAGGCUGUCCUUGCAGCUGCAGUCAGAAAUACAAAAGAAAGACAGAAUGUGGAAGGGCCUUUUAUGGACAUUGAAACACGAAGGGUUGAGAAAUGCAGCCUGAUGAAGACAUUCAGGCUGAAGGCAGGAAACCAGACCAUGGACAUUCUCUGCACCACCAUUCAGAAGGAAAGCUUGGGAGGUGCUGUCGCAUUUAUAUCUUAUGCUUCCAUUGGUUCCAUCAUCAAUGAGAGCUUUGUGUCUGAGGAAAACCUAAUGACGAAGGAAAAGCUGCAUAAUUUCUACCUGAACUCUAAGGUAGUGAGUGGUACAGUGGGAUCCAGAAAGAACACUUCGCUCUCCAUGUCCAUUAAUUUCACAUUUCAGCAUGAAAAGAUAAAGAGAGAAAAUGAGCAGCCCCUCUGUGUCUACUGGCAAGGGUCCUCAUGGUCUAAUGAAGGCUGUCAAGUCAUUUCCUCAGAUGAAAAUCAAACUGUUUGCAGCUGCAGCCACCUCUCCAGCUUUGCCAUUCUCAUGGCAUCCACCAAAUUACAGGUGGAUCCCGUGCUGACCAUGAUCACCUAUGUGGGGUUGAGCCUGUCUCUGCUGUGCCUCUUCCUGGCAGCCCUCACCUUCCUCCUUUGCCGACCCAUCCAGAACACCAGCACCUCCCUCCACCUGCAACUCUCCAUCUGCCUCUUCCUGGCCCAUCUGCUCUUCCUCACAGGCAUCAACCAGACAAAGCCCAAGGUGUUGUGUUCCAUCAUCGCUGGGACGCUGCACUACCUGUACCUGGCCUCCUUCACCUGGAUGCUCUUUGAAGGGCUGCAGCUUUUCCUAACUGUCAGGAACCUCAGGGUGGCCAACUACAUCAGUGCAGGGAAGUUCAAGAGGAGGUUCAUAUACCCUUUUGGCUACGGGAUCCCAGCUGUGAUUGUAGCUGUGUCUGCAGGUGUUGGACACAGCAAUUAUGGAACACAUACUCACUGCUGGCUCAGCUUCCAUGGAAAAUUCAUUUGGAGCUUCAUGGGACCUGUUUUUGUUAUUGCUUUGAUCAAUUUGUCCUUCUAUCUGACCACCCUGUACAUUUUAAAAGACCAGCUUAGCUCCCUCAAUAACGAAGUAUCCAGGAUGCACAACACAAGGAUGCUGACGUUCAAAGCCAUUGCUCAGCUUUUCAUUUUGGGCUGUUCUUGGAGCAUUGGCUUCUUUCUGGUGGAAGGAGUCCUGGACCCCAUCAGGUCCAUAGUGGCCUAUUCCUUCACCAUCAUCAAUGUCUUACAGGGCGUCUACAUCUACUUGGUCUACUGCCUUCUCAAUCACAAGGUACGAGAAGAAUACAGGAAUUGGUUCAAGAAGAUGAAGAAAAGGACAGAAACUAACAACUAUGACUUGUUUGGCUCAGUCACCCACACCAGAAUGAGUCCUUCAAAGCUAAGCCAGGCAUUUCUUCCUCUUUGCUACUUUGAACCUUUAGAAAGGCUGGUGAGAAUUGAAUGA